UUUUUUUGGGACAGGUCUCGGAAAUCUUCCACUCUUUCCUUGGCAGCGGGUUUAGAACAUCUCCGCACUUCUGAUUGGCAGGAGUUUAGAACACCUUUUUAUUGUUUUGGAUUUAGAGCAUCUUUGCACCUCUAAUUGGCAGGGGUUUAGAACAUCUUCACUCUUCAAGCAGAUGUCUUGACAGUUCAAAGUACUGAAAUUUGAAGGAUCUGCAACGUACCUAUGAUAGUGAUGCCGCAGCUUAACAUCAUACCUAGCAGGAUUAUCUAUUUCUUAACCAAUUGCACUUCCCCUAAUCACAUUUACCAAAUUCAAGCUCAAAUGAUGCUCCAAAACUAUCACUAUAACUCAACAAUUGCCUCCUACUUUAUAACUGCUUGCCAAUCUCUAAACCUCUUAAACACAGCCCACCAUGUCUUCCGCCGACUCUAUAAACCCCAUGUUUUCAUUUGCAACUCUCUCAUUAGAGCAUUUUGUCACUCCCAAACCCCUUACAUCCCUUAUUCAAUAUACACCCACAUGCUCAAAAACUCAAUUUUGCCUAAUAACCACACCUUUCCUUUUGUGCUCAAGUCUUUGUCUGACUUUAAGGAGUUUAGAAAAGGGCAGAUGAUGCAUACCCACGUUGUAGAAUUGGGUCAUGUUAAUGAUAUUUAUGUCCAAAAUUCGUUACUGAAUGUCUAUGCAUCGUGUGGUGAUAUAGACUUGUGUCGGAAAGUGUUUGAAGAAAUGACUCAAAGAGAUGUUGUGUCGUGGACUUCAUUGAUUACGGGCUAUAGAAUUGUUAAAAAGUAUGGUGACGCAUUGAUUGCUUUUGAGCAAAUGCAAUACGCAGGUGUGGAGCCUAGUUGUGCUACGAUGGUGAAUGCCUUGGCUGCGUGUGCAAAAUUCAGUGCCAUUGAAAUGGGUAUUUGGAUACAUGAUUUUAUGAAGAGGAGACGGUGGGAAUUAAAUGUAAAUUUGGGGACUGCGUUGGUUGAUAUGUAUGCAAGCUGUGGGAGGAUUGAAGAAGGGUUAAAAGUUUUCCAAGGCAUGAAAGAGAAGAAUGAAAUUACGUGGAAUGCGGUUAUUAAGGGGCUAGCUCUUGUUAAGAGCGGAGAGGAGGCAGUUUGGUGGUUCAAUCGAAUGGAGCAAGAAGGGUAUAAGGUCGAUGAUGUCACCUUGGUUAGCGUGCUUUGUGCUUGUAGCCACUCAGGUUUGGUAGAUAUUGGGCGAGAGAUUUUUAGUUCAUUGAUUGAUGGGAAGUAUGGAUUUCCACCAGGUGUGAAACAUUAUGCGUGCAUGAUUGACCUAUUUGCACGAGCUGGUUUUCUUAAAGAUGCUUUCAAGUUUAUAACAGAAAUGCCUUUUGAGCCUACUAAGUCUAUGUGGGGAUCGUUGCUUGCUGGAUGCAGAGAUCAGGGGAGUUUGGAAUUGAGUGAGUUUGUCACUAAGAAGCUUUUGGAAUUGGAGCCAGAUAAUGGUGCUUAUUAUGUUGUGUUAUCUAAUCUGUAUGCACAGAUGGGAAGAUGGAGUGAUGCUGAAAAGGUCCGGGAGUUGAUGAAAGUCAGGGGACUGAAGAAGGACCUAGGGUCUAGUUUUCUAGAGACAGGACCCCAGGAAAUUGUUUAUGAACUAUCGGAACAAUAAGUCUCAUUUCAUUUCCAUUCAGAGACAAAGUAAUAGGUUUUCUUUCAGUAGAGGAGUUUGUUUACAUUUAAUUGGCUAAUUAAGCGGACACCUACAGUUACUAUAAAGGGGUUAUGUUCUGUUUCUGCUUUCCCAGCAUCCAGCUGAUUGGUCAAUUUUGUUCUUUGUUACUGCCUAUAGGAAGCAUUGAAGCAUGUCCAUUUGUAUUUUGAAUUGAAGAAACCUAUUUCAACCUUUGAUCAAUUAUCAGCAUCAUCACUGCAAAAGGUACUCAUUUACAGAUAAUGAUUUGAAAUCUUUUGAUACUGAUAAGUUAUUUGUGCAUUUUGACCCAAAAUUAAGUGGGAACUAAUCACAUUCCCUCCGGUAAAGAAUGUGCAAUUUUUGUAGUUAUAUAAUCUGAAUUUCAGGGCAUGAUUGUGAAAUCUGAGAAAUAAAUGUCAAAUCACUUUGUCUUGCUUCCUAAAGAAAAAGAGGGGAACGAAGGAGGACCUGUUUUUGUGGUAGA